AUGUGGGCUGAACUCCAUGUCAGCGGCUCGACAACAGUGGUUAGCGGGAAGAUCCUGGGUAACAACGUGGCUGAGUCCAGACUACUAGCCAAGGGCUCCGCGCCUUCUUGGCUACUUGCAAGCAGCUGUCAGCAGUCGGAAAAGAGUUGA